GCGCGCCAUGGAGGACGGCGGCUUCGUUCUGGGCGGCGAGUUCGAGGACUCGGUGUUCGAAGAGCGGCCGGAGCGGCCGUGGGGACCGCCCGCGUCCUACCGCGCCAAGCGCUGCGAGCCGCAGUGGUUUCUUGAGGAACCAGGGAGUGGUGAUGAUGCCGAUACUCUGACUCUCAAGAAAUUCAGAGGGGACCUGGCCUACAGACGGCGGGAGUACCAGAAAGCCCUGCAGGAGUAUUCUAGCAUCGCAGAGCAGUUGCCACCCACCAAUUUCGCCAUGAGGAGGGACGUCCAGGAGGGCCAGGCCCGGUGUCUGACUCGGCUGGGACGUCAGGCCGAGGCGCUGGAGAUCGCCACGGAGCUGGAAAGUAAAGCGACCAACACAGACCAUUUAACCACUGUGCUCAGCCUCCAGUUUGCUAUUUGCUCAAGUUUCCAGAAGGUGGAAAAAGCAAUUCUCUGUCUACAGAAACUGAUUUCUUUGCAUCCUUUUAAUUCUUGGAACUGGGGCAAGUUGGCCGAGGCCUACCUGACGCUGAGGCCAGCUCUCUCAGUGUCGGCGUCUCAGAAGCACAGCAAGUUCACCUCAAGUGACCAGGCGACCGAGUCCUCCAGCCCACACUCCACCAGAGCCUGCCUUUCAUGCCUGCCUGCAGACGAGUCCGCGCACCCCUUGCUUUCUGUGGAGGCCAGCGGCGGUGGCGGCCAGCUGCCAGUGCCAGCCCUGGAGGGCACACGGGGCAGGCUGGCAUCCGAGAGGGUCGCAGUGCCCCUGGAGGCUCGACUGAAAGCAGGUGCCUCCUUUAUCCGAACCAGGCUCUUGCUCCAGCUCACCCAGUCUCAGCAGACAUCCUUUGCCUUGGAGAGGAACUUAAGGACUCAGCAGGAAAUUGAAGAUAAAAUGAAAGAAUUGGGCCUUGGAGAAGGCCCUUUGCUGUGGAUGGAGGAGGUGAUGGGAGAAGACAUCGUCCCAGAAAAGCUGCGGGAUGAAGUUCACGCUGAGGUGAAGUGUGUCGGCCCCGCAGCCCUCGCCGCCCUGGUGAUUGCAUCUUCGAAAGAAUUCGAAGACAAGUGGUUCGGCAAGAUCAAAGACCGCUUCUGUUCUUUUGAAAAUCCAUUCCAUACAGAGAUAUGAAUCUUGGCCUUGGAGGCCCUUCAAAAUUAAAAUCACCUCUUGCCCUGGAUUAUUUGACCUCGUUUGCUUUCAGACGGGAUCUGGUGCUCAUCCUGGGAUGCAGUGAAUUAAAAAU